AUGGGAGCGGAAGUGAGACGUACCGCUGGCGGUCGCCAGAAGAAGGCUACUCCUCCAAUUUUGAGCCAUGAGUUUGUUAUCCAGAAUCAUGGAGAUAUCAUGAGCUGUGUUCUCAUGCUCUUUGUUGUCGGACUCAUGUUCCCAACCACUUCCACUGUCUCUGCUUGGUUUGUAGCUCCUCAAUAUAACCAUACGAUUCCUGUAAAUACCGAAAAUGGCUCUACUAAUGUAACUGUUUAUCUUAAUGGAUUGAAAGAUCUCUGUACUAUUUUCUUUUACACUGUUGCCUGGGUUGUAGCUCAUGCUGUCAUCCAAGAAUAUGUUCUUGACAAGUUCCAGAGAAAGGCACAUCUUUCUAAAGUAAAAACAUUCAAGUUUACUGAGUCAGGUCACCAUAUUAUCUUCGCUGCUUACUCUGCUGUACAUGCUUUCUAUGUUAUUAUGGAAUUCAUUCAAACUUAUUCUGAUAUCAAAAGAAUUUGGUUGGGAUACCCAGACGAUCAUAAAUGGAUGUCUCUGAGCACCAAACUUUUCGCCAUUCUUCAAAUUGCUUAUUGGCUUCAUCAAUUCCCUGAGUUCUAUUUCCAGAAAUUCAAGAGGGAGGAAAUGCGUCAACGAUCUAUUGUAUCUAUUAUCUAUAUAGGAUUCAUUGGAGCUGCAUACAUCAUGAACUUCCUCCGUGUUGCUGCCGUUCUUCUCUUCCUUGAAUAUGCAUCUCAAACUUUAUUCCAUAUUGCCCGUAUUGCUCAUUUCAUUGAGAAAAAGAGCAUUGCCAAGCCAGCAUUCAAAGUUUGGAAUAUUGCUUUCAUACUCGUCCGUUUGGCCUCUACCGUACUCACUGUUACAAUUUUCUGGUAUGGUCUUCGUCAAUCUGAAUCUGCUUAUAUAGAUGUUGCUUCUGGAAACUUCAACACUACCUAUGUGAGAAUAAACUCUUUGUUCUUCAUUCUUUUCCUUCAACUCGUUCAACUUUGGAAUUUCAUAUCCUUCCACAUCAAACGAUUCAAAGAUAACAACCGCAAAAAGGGAGAUAAGAAGAAGCCUAUUCCAGCUGCCAAGCCCCUUAAGAAAGCCAGACAAGAGGACUCAGAAGAAGAGGCAGUAGAUGUGUCUUUGAAGACUAAGAAGAAGAACUAA